GGAGAAGGAGCGGUACCGCCUGCCUGGUGGCUCAGCAGGAGGAGGAGGAGGAGGAGGAGGGGCUUGGGAGGAAGGGGGGCUCGAACGGGAGGAGGAGGACCAGGAGAGGGAGCAGACCGGGCUAGCAACACAGGCGCAGCUGUGGCAGGCGGCAGAGGAAGGGCAGGAGGAAGGGCAGGAGGAAGGGCAGCUGCUGGGUGCGCGCGCACAACACGGCCCGGAACAUCUCCAGCAGCAGCCGCCAGUGCAGGGAGAGGGGCAGCAGCAGCAGGAACCGGGGAAGUGGCGCUGGGCGCAUGCGGGCCGGUUGCGGUCCCUGCCCGGGCUGCGCGGCAUGAGCCGUCAGGCGCACCUGCGGCUGGUGCACGACGAGCGGCAUGGGCCCCCUCCCGGGGGCCUCACCGAGUCUCGCGCCAUCGAGCUGACUGAGAACAUCCGGCAGGCCGCCACCCUGCCGCAGCUGGCGGCGCUGCUGGCGGCGCAUGCGGGCGCACUCAACGCCAUCAACCUGACCGCGCUGGGAGCCCGGCUGGUGCAGCUGGCGGGGGCGGCGGGGGUGGGGGCGGGGGAGGAGGGAGUGGAAGGCGGUGGGAUGGGUGGAGAAAUGGGCGGAGUGGAGGAGGAGGCCUUGCAAUACCAGCAGCAACACCAGCAACAGCGGUACGAGCAGCAACAGCACCACCAGCAACAGCAGUACGAGCAGCAACAGCAGCACCACCAGCACCAGCACCACCAGCAGCAGCUGGUGUCCUCCCUGUCCCGCCAGCUGGGCGACCUGGUGCAGCGGCGGAUCCUGGAUCUGGAUCCCGAGGGCGCCGUCACGCUGCUGUACGUGUACGGCAAGCUGGGUCGGCGGCAUGACGUGCUGCCGGACCUGGUGUUCCUGGCGGGACGUAACCUGGACAUCUACCACUCGCAGGCCAUCUCCAACCUGGUGUGGGCGCUCGCCUCGCUGCUGCCGCACUCGACCCAGUGGGCGGACCGCGGCUGGUGGGAGGGGCUGUUCCUGUGCACGCAGGACCGACUGGCCGGCUACCCCACACAGAGCCUGGCGAACAUCAUGUGGGGACUAGGUCGCCUGCGUCAGCGCCCCCCAGCCGGCUGGCAGCGCAGUCUGUUCGCCGCCACCGCCGCCCGCCUGCACCUGUUCAGCGGGCAGGGGGCGGUCAGCUGGCUGGGUGGGGCGGCGCGGCUGCAGCUGCGGCUGCCCACGUACCUGCUGGACGAGUUCAUGAGGUACGGCGCCUCUCACCUGCGCUCCUUCACCGCACAGGGGCUGGUGAUGUAUCUGUGGGGUAUGGCCAAGCUGCUCACACUGGCCCGCACAUCGGAGGCCUCCGUCGUCCCCUGGCUCGAGGAGGCCCUCCUGCCCGAGCUCUUCCGCCGCCUACCCUCCCUGCAGCUCCGGGACCUCUCCACAUGCCUCUACGCACUGGCACAGCUGGGAUACCGGCCCACCGCAACACCCGCACCGCUCACUGCUGCCGCCGCUGCCGCUGCUGCUGCUGCCGCUGCUGCUGCCGCUGCUGCCUCCGAGACUGCGGCCGCAGAGCUUCAUGGGGAUGCGGGUGCGGGUGCUGCGGGUGUUGCUGCUGCUGGCGAUGCUGAUGGUGCGGGUGCUGCAGCGGCGGGGGUGGCAGCAGGGGCGGCAGGGGCCGAAGCCACAGCAGCAGGCUGGGGGAUGCGGGAUGCCCCCGACCAUGCGUCG